CAUCGGAUUGAAUUACAAAAAUUGAAGCAAGUGAUGUCAUUUUAUAAAUCGAUUCCAUUCUCUGAAUCAAAUAACCCAAUCAUAAUUAUAUACGAUUUUGUCUUAAGCUAUUUGAUAUGGUUGAUAGUUGAAUUUAGUAGUUCAAAUGGCUGGUAUAUAAUUCGUUCGGAACAUAAUAAGAGUGAAAUAUAAUGGCAACAAGAUUGAAGUUCUUUAGUUGAAAUACACUUAACAACUGUAUGCCUAUAAAAUCGUUAAUCGUUAAUUCAAUUUAUUAGAUAUAAAAGUUAAGCUGAAUUAUUUAAAUGUCAUCAUAAAACAUUGCUAAAAAUACUGUCUAUAUUAAUUUCAAUUUGCAUAAAGUUAAGCAUUAUGAAUACGCCAUAAGUUAUUAUGCGUAAUAAUUCGUUUGGGUCACGAACUUGUUGCUAAUAAAUUACUAUCGUAAAUUUGUAUUUAUUUGAAAUAAGUCAAGCAUUACAAUAACGUCAUCGUGAUGUUGCAUUUACUUAUGAUAUUUUGUCUUUAUUGAAAAGUUCACUCAGGGAGCAUAAAACGUGACGUAAUACCAAAAAGCAUGCAAAUCGAAUGCAUAAAAUGUGAAUAUUAUCCGGAAAUUCGUGUUGUUGUUUCUUCAUAGUAAGGUGAUGGUAAUAUUCUGGUAACUGAUAUGAAAUUGAAAAUGAAAAACUUUUCAUAACUCGUGUCCUGAAAUUAAGGCAACAUGAACCCAUAAGAUACGCAUUGAUUCUCAAGUAUAUUGAUAUAAGCAUGUUCUUAUUGAGGAAAAUCUUCGAUAGCGUGUUUUGCAUGUGCAACAUCAUAUAGAAAAAAAGGUUUUAUUUGCAAGUUUGCACUUCCAUUCCGAGCAUUAAUAAAAACACCUUAGGUCAAUGACGAGGUACUUUUUAAAAAGUUAGAGGCGUUGCGAUAGACAUAAAAUAAAUUGAUAUUAUAGCAAUAUAUAUGCCUUCGAAAACACAUAAUAUAGUAUUAAUUUUUAUAUCUAACUGUAGACUAAAAUAUAGUUAUAAAUUUUUCGGUGGAUCAUACUCGAUUUUGCUUAAAUAGAAAACGCUAUCUUCUGUUUUUUGUUAUUAUAGCUCUAUAAGAAUAAUCAUAAGUAAAUAAUAAUGCAGUUUGCUGUCUUGAUUUUGUCGGCAUUCUUCAUCGGAAUCCACGCAGAUGGACAUCUCCGACUGAGUUCUAUGUUUCCUGUUUCUCCAUCUGACCAGUCAUUCAGAUAUCCAGCAGGAUGUCCAGAUCGUACUUGUGUUUAUAUGGCAUCGUGGAGAUAUUUACCUACCCAAGAGAGCGUCCAAUUUAGCAUCAAAGCGAGAGUUCGACGCGGUAUAUGGGCUGCUAUUGGAUUUUCCAACGAUCGAUUCAUGCCAGACUCCGAUGCUAUAACAGGAUUCUACCCAUUAUAUGGAGACGAUCUUAUUGUUAAAGAUAGGUAUCUCAAAUCAAGAAAUCAAUUUCAAGUUGGGCCAGAUGAGAUGCAAGAUCUCCCAAGCUCACAAGGAACACAUAUCGACGGACUUCUUUCUUUUACAUUUAUCCGUCCACUUGUUACUGGGGACACAAUGGAUCUUCCUCUGAAUAACUGUCCGUAUUUUCUGUAUGCAUGGGGUGGUAAUGCGUAUGGAGAGACAGCGAUUACCGUUCACACAAUGGCGAUAGCAAGCCAAGAAAGAGUUUGCAUCCGAACCUCACCUCAACGUCCUCCUCAGACGCCUCCUCCAAUACCAUACGUUACCCGACCACCGGCAUCCCAAUACCAAACACGUAGAGUACCUCAGUAUUCAAUGCCAACUGCAACCAUCUAUUACAAGCCUACUACGUCAACACCUUACGUUACCCAGCCGCCUAUCUCACAAUAUCAAACGCGGAGAGUACCUCAGUACUCAACGCAAACAGUGCCCAAAUAUUAUAGUCCAACUACGGAAUCUUAUAAAACCCAGUACGCCCGUCAAUAUAUUUCUCGAGAUCCACCACAAUAUAUUCGACCCGAAACCCAAUCGCCUUAUAAAAACAGAUAUCCUAUAAACCCUCGUUUCCCCCAGUAUCCAACUGCUCAACCACCUACACCGCCCAUACCAACAUACGUCCCAGAUGAGGGAUACGAAGACGAUGGUGUGUUUCGAUACCCGAAGAAUUGUGCAUCGGGCAUCGACUGCGAAUAUGAAGCAAAAUGGGAAAGCUUUUUUCUUUCUGAAGAUGUCUGGUUUACAAUAACCGCAAAAGUUGAAAAAGGGUACUGGGCUGGUAUCGGAUUUUCUGACGACCCAUACAUGCCUAACUCUGACUGCGUUACCGGUCAUAUGCAAGAGUACGGCCAUAAUUUUGUAUUGACGGAUAGAUAUUUGAAAGGCAGAUCUCCGGAUGCUGUGGGACCCGACAAAUACCAGGAUGUUUCUGCGACAUCGUACGGCCAUCAUAACGGAAUGCUGAAAUUCGUUUUCAAACGAAAACGAAAUACAUAUGACAUUAAUGAUAAAAAUCUCUACAACUGCGUCUACUUCCUAUUCGCAUGGGGAGGUCGGGCUCACCAAGGAGGAAAUAUUGCUGCUCAUACUCACAAAUAUGUUAGCAAAAUUCCAAUAUGCUUAGGCUCAAUCUUCGGAUCAACAGGUUCGCAUGUGGGAACAUCAUACAGAGAACCGACGUAUGAUUUCCUCAGAAGACCAAUGCCGCAUUACUACGAUCCAUGUCAACGAAUCGCCUGUAAAUGGAAUCAAUAUUGUGUAAGAUAUGGAAAUCACCAGGCGAAAUGUGAAUGCAGGGGACGAUUCCGUUUGGUUGGCACAUAUUGUGUUGGAGGUCCACUUCGAUACUACUGAGAGGAGAUGAAAAUCCAGCCUGCUUCUAUUCUCUUUUACUUCGUUAAGAAUAAAAUAAAUUGACUUAUAAAGA